AUAUAUGGUAUUAUGUAAACAUAUCGACGUAUUAUCCCAGUUAUGUGUUCAGGUACUUGAUAACACAGGGCAAUCAUACCCCAACAAAACGACGACGAAAAACGGGGUCAAGAUGUCAAUCUAAACGAAAAGACCCCCGCUAUGGUUAAAACGCAAAGCCGUGAAAAUCAUAUUCGAGUUUGACUGAGCUUUAAAUCCCUUGUAUUUGGUUAUGUUCCGUAUGUGUCAGGACUAAAUUGUAAGCGAUACUAUUACAUUGAGAAUAUAUAUAGUACAGAGAGAGUGGAUACCGAUUUCCAGCAGUGGUUAAGUUUAUAUUCUACAGUUAAUGAUGUUCGUGACAGCAUAAAUUGAAAACUGAAAAAGAUCAUUCAUGUACAUCUAUUGGACCUCCUUGAAGAAUCUUCACUGGUAUGAUUUGACUCAGAAAAGCCACCGGAGGGGACGAUCAGGAUCGGCUGCAGACCGUUAGCCAUAGCACAACACGGGAGUUGACAACAUGGAGCCCCAGUAUUUAAGAGACGUAUCUGUAUGUUACCGCGUAUGCGCAUCACCAGUAUUACAAGAAAGGACUUUCAAUCUCCGCACAAUGUCCGCUAACUCAUCACGGUCAGUUUCUGUCCGAUCAUCCACACCACGCAUAUCUGUGAUGUCGUCACGCGCAUGCUCGGCCCGGCCCUCUAUCAGCCUUGACAUCCGGGAUAGAAUGAUGACAGAACUAAAGUUUUACUUUGGCAAGGAUGAACGUUUCAACUUCAGGCAGACACUAACUCCCAAGUCUACUGUACAGUCUGUGGCCAACGAUGCUUACAGGGCAAGUACCAACGAUGCCAGCCGCCAGAUGUUCAGAUCCUCACUCGGAAGCCCAAGGCGGCGGAUAUUCACUAGAGGAAUCCGUGUUGGAAGUGCUCGCUCGUAACGGAUAUUUGUUCACGACAUUGUUGUAAUAACAUGACAAAAUGUUUUUGUAACGAAAUUAUUCUAAUUCCAUGUAAAUGUACACAAUUUGAGGUUCACGAACAGCACUGCCAUUAUGUCGCAUUAUCUACCUACACAACACUGUUAGGUUUGGAUUCGCAAUAAUUAAACAAACGUGGUUUAACUAGUUUUAAUCCAAUUCCUGUAAUUAGAAUAUACUGUUUAUCGUUAGAGAGAUGAAUGUAACACUAGACUUAAAUGUUACGAUGCAUAAUUACUUCCCUGAGUGUUCAUUUGGUCACAAGGUAUUCCGUUAAGGAAGUACAUAUGGACAUAGGAUCCUGACUAUACAAAGGAAGUAUAUAUGGACACAGGGUCCUGGCUAUACAAAGGAAGUACAUAUCGACACAGGGUCCUGGAUAUACAAAGAAAGUACAUCUGGACACAGGACCCUGACUAUACAAAGGAAGUAUAUAUGGACACAGGACAUACUCAAUGCGAAAAUUGCCAUGGAUAUAGUGUUGCUGAAAAGUCGUAAAAGUGUGUGCUUUGAAGAUGCACUAUGUAUGAAUAUAGAAAUAGAAAGACAAUAAUUCAUUGUGAAGAUAAAGUUUCUGUAAAACUUUAUACGACAAUGACGAUUGAAAAUGAUCAUGUGUAACAUAGUAAACCUCACUUGACAGUGGAGACAACACCACAUUCAUUUGAUGUACAACACAAAAAGUACAAAAAGGCAUUCUUAAUGAGUAUAUGUUUAACCAUAGGUAAUUAUCAUAUUACAUGUUGCUAGAUUUAGAUAAUUAUUCCAUGCUACCUACAUCGAAGUAUCAUUAAGGUAUCAUUUGUCCGCUUCUGUACUGAAGAUGCCUUUACAAAGAGAAAGCCAAUAUAAGCUGAAUGGUGUUACUAGUCAUAAUACAGAGAUAGCGACCAAGUUUAAUGACGACUCUGUUCAGUAAUAUCCCUUUUAAAGGUCGUUUUGUUAUGGUGAUUCUAUUUAAUAGCAUUUCAUUAUUGUUUUCACAAAUUUUGUAUAACAGUUGUUUUAUGAUAGCCUUUUUAGGAUAUUCCUGUGAGGAAAUUUAUGUUUUUAUGGUGUGUUUUUUUUUAAUAUAAGACCCCCUUCAAUUCCACAACUUGUGGAGAGCAAUGUAAACCUAUAGAUUUUUUAUUGGGUAAGUUUUUAAUAUGUAACCCACUGUGGGCCUUGCUGCCCUGUUGGAGCCCCAUAGUUGUUUUUCAUUGGCUUACAUGCCUUUGCCGCUUGUCGAUUGGAUUGGCUGAUUUGCUACUGCAGCUUUGAAAACAUUUCAAUCGGCUCUAUUUUCAUUAGGUAGAUUCCACAGUAUAUGUUUUAAUUUCAUUUGAAAAUCCAUCAUACGUAUCGCUCUUAAAUAUAUUUUUUCAUUUGUUUUCUUCAUUUAGUAAUGCAUAAUUAAUCUAAUCUAAAACUAAGCAUGCAAAUGUAUAUUUAUUUUUCGGCUUUGUCAUUAUGAUUUUAUGAAAGUCAUCCUAUGAUGACAUUUUCAUUAAGUAUCAGGCUUUAUCAUGAUACCAGUACUACAUUUGUCAUGAAUGGCCUUUUAAUUAUAUCUGAAUUAAUCUAAUGAUACUUUAUAGUAAAUUGCCAUCUACCACUUGCUGGAGUUUUAUGUUGAACAUGAUAUUUUACAUUUUAUUGGUCUGUAACAAGAAAUCAUAAUUUGCUGCGUUGCAAGAUGUCGUGUCGAUCCUGAGUUCUGUUAAACAUCAUACUGUAUUAUUUCUGACAAUAAACAAUAAUUUCUCCUAAAA